AGAAGAAGAAGAGUGGAUCCUCUCGCUUCGCCUCUUCCUCUAUGCUGAUAGCUAUUGUACCUCUUUGGUAGUUGCUAACUAGCGGUUCUUAGCGUCAACAAGCUUCAUCGAAGGUCCAAGAAGUCUUAAUUCCAGGUCACAGUAAUUAGUGCUGCUAGCUACAUAAACACAACUGACUGGAAUCCACACGAGCUCCGGUGUCAGACAAUGUCUUUGGCUCGGAUAUUGUGCCGUUUAAAUGGCUAUUUGCAACCCAUAUCGAAAGCACGGGCUCCUUUAGUCUCUGGAUUCAUACGAACCCAGAAUGAAGUGAGACGUUGGCAGCAUACUGCUCCACAAUCGACGAGUUGUCACUGGCAGCUUCAGGAAGACUGCCUUGAGCUCAGCUAUGGAGGGCUUGUGAUGCACUUUGCCUAUGUGUGGCUACGGGAUCAUUGCCAAUCUGCCUCCUGCUUCAAUAGCAAGACCAACCAGAGGAACCUGGAUACAGCAAAUGUGGAGCUAAACAUACGUCCUGCCAACACCAGGGUGGAUGAUGAGAAUAUCUUCCUCACAUGGCCUGAUGGUCAUGUGACAAGGUACAACCUGAACUGGCUGGCUCAGAACAGCUAUGAGGUACAGAAGCAGAGUGCCAUGCAGCCACACAUCAUCUGGAACUCUGACAUCUAUACCAGUGCCAAGGUGCCCUCUGCUAACUGGGACAUGUUUAUGAGCUGUGAUGAUGAACUGAAAAAGUUCCUUGGGGGCUUUCUGCUGUACGGCAUUGCUUUUGUGGAGGGUGUCCCGCCGACUAUUGAGGCCACAGAGACUCUUACCCAGAGGGUCAGCCUCAUCAGGGAGACUAUGUAUGGCAAGAUGUGGAACUUGAUAUCCGAUUUCUCCCGAGGAGAUACUGCCUACACCAAACUGGCACUGGACCGUCAUACAGACACCUCAUACUUCCAGGAGCCAUGUGGGAUCCAAGUGUUCCAUUGCCUUAGGCAUGAGGGAACAGGAGGAAGGACACUACUUGUAGAUGGAUUCUAUUCUGCUGACAAAGUGCUCCAGAAGACGCCUGAGAACUUUGAUCUGCUAGCACGGGUUCCUAUCAAGCACGAGUACAUUGAAAAUGCCAGUGACCACCGUAACCACAUGAUCGGCAUUGGCCCUGUGCUCAACGUGUAUCCCUGGAACAAUGAGGUGUACAUGAUCCGAUACAAUAACUACGACCGUGCAGUCAUAAACACAAUCCCCCAUGACAUUGUCAAGCGAUGGUAUGUGGCUCACAGAGAGUUGACCACAGAGCUGAGGAAGCCGGAGAAUGAGUUGUGGGUCAAACUGAAGCCUGGAAAGGUUCUCUUCGUUGAUAACUGGCGUGUCAUGCAUGGCCGGGAGUCCUUCACAGGCCUGCGGCAACUGUGUGGCUGCUACCUGACCAGAGACGAUGUCAUGAACACUGCCCGCUCCUUGGGUCUGCAGGCCUAAGUGAAGAGCCACCCUGAGUCUCCAACCCUUCCAGCCAACACCAAAGUCCUUUAGAGAUAAAGCACCAUCACCCAAUCAGUCAUACAUGUUUAAGGUGACCGAAAAGUCUUGUAGAAUCAAAUCGUUUUUCUAUUAUGAGUAUUUACUGAGUGAAAUCAAGUAUUUCCACUGCAUGAAUGCAGUUAUAUAUUGUUAAUGCAGAACUAAAUGCUAUUCCUAAUAUGGGCAUAAAAUAAUUGUACUGUACUUUAGAAAUGUUCUCUACCCAGAAAUAUUUUACAUGUGGAGAUAUUGUUAGACUUGUUGAAGUCAAGAAAAUGGACUGUGAUCUGUUUGGGAUUUAAGAUUUGUAGACAUGCAUUAAGCUCUUGUCACAACAAUCAUCUUUUGAACUGGAACUUAACAUAUUGAGGUGUUUAACUAGAUUUUUGGCUUUGUUUUAGGGAUUCGUUUCUAGUAUUUCUGAAGUACUUUUGCUAGUCAUUUGUUUAUGAAUGUAUUAGGAAAUGUUGCCUUGUUUACAUAAUGAAAUAAAUUGGGUGAUUUUUCAGCACCUUUUCUCCUGAUUUA